GAGAGGAAGUGAAACACAGGAAAAUAGCAAGCGAGGAAUAACGGCGCUGCUUAUGUUUUUCCAGAGUGACACCGAACCAUGGAUCAGUUAAAUCAGAUCAUGAGGCGAUUAGCACUUAUUAUAAAUACACAGUUUAUUUAAGAAAAACCCGAUUAACGUUACUUCAAUCGCAUGAACAAAUCCAAACAUCAGAUGACACGUUCAUUCAUUUUAUCUAAUGAAAUCAGGACAGCAGAUUUUCUGCUGGCAUUAUUAGUUUUCAUCAGGUAACACCUAUGUUUUAGUGAAUAAACGCAAUAUCACAUUUCACUAACUUUAUUAUGGUGUCUGAUGUCGGCGUGAUCUGAUCAAAUGGCUGUUUUGUGGAGUGGAGGAACAGAUGCAUUCAGAGUCCUGUAAACAGAGGAUUGAACUGAGUUUCAGCUCUUGGCGGAAAUCAAAGAGAUGGAUGAAGUGCUGGAGAAGUUUCUGGAAGAGCAGAAGACAAAGAUAGCAGAAGAAAAGGCCUGUCUGGAGCAGGAACCUCCUUACAUGGAGAUGAGGAGGCGGACAGGCCAUGUUCUGCAGAAAGAGAACAUCCCUCCACGUACAAGUCAGCAAGAAGGACUAAGUCUGCCAUUAGGAGAGGAAUAUGAGAGAAAGAAACACAAACUCCAAGAAGAGCUCAGGAAUGAUUACAGGAAAUACAUGACAGAGAAAGACCAUUGGGAUGUUGGUGACUCUCACACAGUUCCAGAGAGAAGAAGAACCCCCAGGACGGUCCGUGUGAGAGAUGUGGCCACUCUUACAGAGGUGUGUGGACUGGGGUGGGGUGUGUGUAGCUCUGAGGAAGAUGUCAGUGAUGAAGAACUCAUGCUUUUACAAGGGAGGCGGCAUCAGAGAGAGAGAGACACCAGGGCAAGGAACAGAAGAGGGGAAUUGUACACAGAAAUGGGACACCUCACGAACAAACUACAGCAAAGAAACAGAACAUCAGCAUCUGUUACGGCUCAAGCCAAUGAAAGAUCUGUAUCUGUGGCCACACAGGACACUGUUUGCACCACAGGACUUCUUAUAGGUGCAGCAGAUCUGGAGGCCACACUGCAGAUGAGAAAGGAGCGUUAUAGACAUGAAUUACAGGAACAAAUCGCAGAGAGACAGAGUCGCAGGAGAAGGGAGAAAGAGCUGGAUCACAGAGUUCAGACAGUUACGGAGGCUGCGAAAAAGCAGCUGUUUGUGAGGGAUGAGUCUGCAUACAGAAAGCAAACAAGGGAUGACAUCAUCCAUCGCCUGGACACUGCUGAGCCUGCUGAGGGUCUUCUGCAAUACAGGGCAGAUUCUCUUUCUCCAAGCAGGAUGCCUUUUGUCUCUUCUCACCUCCCAUUCCUUGCAGAUAAGACUACAAAUAAUGAUGCUGAGAAUUUUCUGAGCGCCAGCAGAGUCUAUGGUCCAAUAGCAGGAGUUUCUUUUCCAGCAUCAGCAGGAGAGUCACACCUACUCAGUCCUCACAACGAGCACAACAGAAGCACUAACAGACAGAGGUUUCUAGGUGAGAAUGAAGGUGUGGGUUCAGGUCAUCCAGCGUUUCCUGCACAUCAUGAGCAGAAAAGCCGACUCGGCUAUAAAGAGGAGCUCAGAAAGCAGAUAGAAGAGCGGGCCGCACAGAGGAGGGCGGAUAGAGAGGAGAAGCGAAGACUGGAGGUGGAACUCGAAGCCGAUAUGAGAGCAUAUGAACCCUGGGGAAGAGGAGGAGCUGGUGCACCAAUCAGAGACAGCACUGGAAAUCUGAUCGCUGACUUGAAGCAGAUGCACCUUUUAAAUGCAGCAGCCACAGUACAAAGACCAGAAAGGCCAAGUAUGAUUGAGACGCACACGCCACAGUUUGCAAGAGGAAACGUGUUCAAUCAGAUGAUCUCACCUCAGCAAGUACUGGAGCAAGACCAAUAUAAAGCUUGCCUGAGACAGCAGAUGGAAGAGAAGCAGAGGAAGCAGGCGGAGGAGAGAGAGCGGAUGAGAGCAGAGGAGGAGAGAGAGGACAGAAGACUGGCUGAACAGAGAGAGAAAAUCAGGAGAGAGUAUGAAGAGGAGCAGGAGAGCAGGAAACGCAGAGAAAUGGAGCAAAAACUGAAAAAUGAAGAGCUUGCUCGCCUGGCGGAGGAGAGACGGAGAGAGGCAGAGAAAAAGAAAAAAGAGGAAGAACAGAAAGAAAGAGCAGCUCUCCGAAAACAGGAAGAGGAAGAGAGACAAAUCAGGCAACAGCAGGUUCAGCGUGCACCAUCUCCUCCAAUUCCUACAUUACAGAAUAAACAGCACAAUCAUACGGGUUUCUCUUCAUUCCGACCUCCUUCAUCUCCAGAACACAGACGCCAGCAGAGAACAGAGAAGGACAGAAGUGAGGUUGUGAAUGAGCUGUGUGUGUUACGAAGGCGUCUGCGCAGUGAACAGCGGCGUCUGGAGGAGCAGCUCUUACAAACGGAGUGGGAGAAUCUUUCUUCACCGUUCACCGACAGGCACAGGGCAUCACAGGAUGUGUUUGAUAUGGCUCGUUUGCGGAUGCCUGUACGAGGCCCCUCCUCCCGUGGCAUUGAGCCAAUCAGCUCGAAGGAAACUGAUGACAUCAUGUACAGAGACUCCUUUAAUCCUCUUUCAAGAACUCAGCAGUCUAGGAACAGAGAUGUGGAAGGAGGACGAGGAUCUGUGCUUCUGUCAGAGAGUGAAUUCAUUGAUCACAAUGGAGUUGCCUUCCCUGUUCCUCCAGAUUUAGAGAGAAAGUCAGCAAAGCUGUCUGCACGCGAGAGACGCAGAAUAGCACAACUACAGGCUGCAGAAAGGCAGUCGGUGGAGAAACAUCAGCCUAUGAACAAACUCAGAGACUCAAACGUUCUCAGGAUGAAGAGACUUCAGGACUUCAGCCGUCACAACACUGCAGCAGGAGGCUGCUCUGAUGAAGACGACGAGGCUGAAGUUGUUGGUCGCGGUGGGCGUUUUAUUCUGCCGUCUCCUGGCAGGCCCAGCUCCAUCGACACAGCCACUACAGAGCGCUGGGUUCGAGCAGAGUCAUCAGACACACUCAGGAGGCUGAUGUCUGGAUCUGAACUCUGAGGUGGAUGAUGGACAGGCCAUAACCAACACAACCCCUCAAACAUGCUUAGAGUGUGUGCUCACGUUUGUACAUCCUCUUUAUAUUUCUUGAACAAAUAAAAGACUGAUCGGCGGAAUCUCUGUGAGAUCAACUGCAUGAUUACAUCACUAAAUUCAUUCAUUUUC